AUGAACCAGCUCUUAUCUGUUUCGCUCCUCGUGACUUCGGUCAGUGGAUUCGCCUUUGUGCAUACAACCGCCGGGACUGCGACAACGGCGCUGCAUAUGGGACUCUUUGACGGAGUAAAGGAUGCCUUUUCGGCGCCCGCUCUGGAACGAACCUCCAUUGACAGCGAACGGGAAACACCAAUUGAUCGAUGGAUGGGCUGGUCCGUAGUUUCCGAGAAUCAGCAACAACCAGAAAGUGCCGUCCCUGCCAACUUUGUCGACGCCAUGGACGACACCAACUACGUGGCGGUAGCACUGUCCAAACCGAUGGGAAUUGUGUUUGAAGAGAACGAUGCCGAUUUCGGAGGAAUUUUCGUGCAGAGUCUCAAAGAAGGCGGUGUCGCCUCGGAGAACGGCCUUUUGCAGGAAGGCGAUCAACUCGUGGCCGUCAACAAGGUCAAAGUGGCCGGCAUGGUCUUUGACGAUGCCUUGGGAGCCAUUGUGGAGGCACCCGGUGACACCACCAAGUUAGUGUUCUUCCGAGGCAGCGCCAAGCAAUUUUAUGGACCAACCGGUGCGAACAAGGAGUGGGUGGACGAGUUUGUCUCCAAGGGUGGAGUAGAAGUGUCGAAAAAAUAA